UAGUCGAGAACGACGAUGUGGUGGUGGUAGAAGUGACAGAAACUGAAUUUGUUAAAUAAAAAAAAACUCAUCAUUGUGUGGCAUUUUAUUUAAUACUGGCGAUUAACAUAGAGACGCUCCCGAUUCAAAUUCGCAAACAAAAAACAAUAUAUUACUAUUAGAAUUUAAUAUUCGUUUCUGAUUUGAACGAGAAAGUGAGAAAAUUAAGAUUCCAGCGAUAGCAUUUUUCAAGUGUCACUUCAAAGAAACAACAUACGCGCAAACACAUCAAUCGGUAUAACACGAUCCGAUUGAUACGAAAUUUGUUUUUCGAAAGGUUUUUAGACGUUUUUAUAAUUAGUGCCAAAAAGUAUUUGAAGAUGCCAGCCGCUACGGAGCAACCGGCGGCUAAAAAAGAGCGAGAAGAACUGCUGUGGCAGUCUCUCAAAGAGCAUGUGAUGAGAGAACGACAAAAAAUUAAAGAAGAACAAGAAGCUGAAGUGGAAGAGGAGCGAUUACGAAAAGAGCGAGAAGAACGCGAUCGACAAGAUGCAAUGACACUGGGUGAAACAAAAGAACAAAUUCAAAUUUUAAACACACGACUCAAAGAGCUGCGAAAUGAGAAACAACAAUUAUUUCUGCGACUGAAAAAAGUACUGAACGAAGAUGAAAAUCGAAAGAAACAACAACAGCAGAAGGACAGUGAGAUGUUUGCAUUACAGAGUAUUGUACAGCAACAAGGAUCUCAUCAACAAAUAUUUUUACCACCGCGUGCGCCACAACUUAUGCAAAAAUAUUUGCAAAGUGGUCCACCACCAAUGGGUGGCAUUUCAACACCACCGAAUAAACGAGGUCGAAGCCCAUCGCCAACGCCACAAUACUAUAAAACAAACAAUCCACCCUACCCGCAACCUCAAAAACAUGAGGAUGGCAGACGAGGUGGUGAAAUUGCUCGUACUGUCUUAUGGAAUAAGCCAACGUACCAAAAUCCACCGGGAACACUAUAUUAUCCGUCCAAUUCACAAGACACACGACAAUCGAUUGUGUAUCCAACAUAUACACCGAAUUUGAAUAUUCCAAUGAUUUCAUCGUAUCAUCAAGAAUUAUCGCAACAACAAGCCCAAUCACAAGCUUUAUCAUCGGAACAGGCACAACAGCAACAACCUCAGGCACAAUCUCAGUCGCAACAUCAACAGCAAUCGAGUCAACAGCCGACAUCGCAGUCGUCAAAUCAAUCGCAUGAUAAAGGAAAACCAUUGCAAAGUGUUGCUCAACAUUCACAAUCACAAAAGAUGCAACAACAACAACAACAGCAGCAGCCUAGCCACGGUGGUCCGCCGCCGCCUCAUAAGCCACAUGCUCAACAAAUUUCGUUGGAAAAACUCAACGAACGUAAUUAUCAUCUGGAGAAACAGCAACAACCAUCUGUACAACAAUCGUCUCAUAUAGCCGAAAAUAUGUACCGUAUGCCAAUGUCGUUGUCAUCUGGUAUGCUCACCAUUUCACCGCAAAGUCAACAGCAAAUUCAAAAUAUGAAACCAAGUGGAAGCAUUACACAAGGAUACAUGACUACAAACAAUACAAUAAAUCGUGCUCCGCCAUCUGGUUCACAUCAACAACAACAGCCACAAUCACAGCGGACACAGAUGCCGAUGCAUUAUCCGCGUCAUACCUACAACUAGAUGAAUUCCGUCAUGGACAUUUAAAAAGCAUUAGUUUAUUCAAAUUAAAUGCUAUUUCAAAUGUCAGUAAGCUAUUUACUUUCAUUCUUCACUAAUAAAAUCAAACGGAAUUUCACGCGGAAUGGUGUAAUUUUCAUAAGAUGCUAAAGCAUAUAGAUAACGGAUACGAUUAGCAGAAAAAAAAUAAGAGCAGAACAAAAAAUUAUUUAGACACUAUGUAUAUCCACAUAUAAACACACACAAUAGAAAACAAGUAGAUAAUCAAAU